AUAUGUAUUGUUGUGAUUGUGAUGUUGUCAACAAAUCUAUAUAUAUAUGUAUGUAUGUAAAAACUAAACGUGCAACCAAAUAUGGUGCAACUUUCUAAUAUACGUGCUUCCAUGUUUUUCAAUUAUUAAAGAACAAAUUAUAUGGAACCUCCCCCUACUAUAGAAAAACCAGAGCCAAGGCUCAACAAUCUCCAUUCAUUCACCAUUGUACUUCCUUAUUCCACCCAAAAUGGCCUUCUCUGUAUCCAAAAAGAAACCAAAAGUAGUUUCCAGUAAGAAAAUAGAGCUAGAAUCAUCAUCAAACCACUGUUGUAGUUCUUCUUGCUCAAUUCUACUAAGAAUUAUUUACAAAAUUCCCACUGCCAUAAUCUUGCUUCUUCUUAUCUUCAUUUGGUCUUCCUCCACAACUAUUAUCUCUGGAAAAAUUGUUCAUCUUUGUGUCUCUUCUCGAAAACUCAACGAUCUCUACUGUCUUUCUGCUGGUACACAGCCCAAACUGGAAGUCUCAAUACUUGACAACACUACUACUUUUGAUGGCAAUGUUGAAUUGAAGAAGGAAAAUGUUCUUGAUAAGCAAGUUGUUCAUGAAAAGAGUACUAGUUUUGUUGUUAGUACUAUAACUAAUCAUGCCAAUGUGGAAGUGAAGAAACAAAAUGGUAGUAAUGCUGAGCUAGUUUUCAAUACUAGUGCUAUUGCCAAUGUUGAAAUGAAGAAAGACAAUGUUGUUGAUCAACAUGAUGUUGGGGAUGAUUCAGACCCUUCUUUUAGAGAUAGUUUUGGCCAUGAAGGAGCACAUAAUGAUGAGCUUGAAAAGGCAAUGAAAAUGGUUAAUGAGCAACUUCAACUACACCGGUCAUGGCAAUCAGACAAAUAUAAUAAGAAAGGGUGUGUUGGGAAUGGAAUUUAUGUCUAUGAUUUGCCAACUAAGUUCAACAAUGACUUGGUUGGUCAAUGUGGGGACAUGGUUCCAUGGAUGAACUUCUGCAAGUAUUUCACCAAUGAAGGAUUAGGAGAGCCAAUUCCAAAGCUAGGGAAAGCAUGGUACAGGACACAUCAGUACUCUUUGGAGCCUAUUUUUCAUGCUAGAGUUUUGAAGCAUCCUUGUAGAGUUCACAAUGAGAAUGAAGCUAAGCUCUUCUAUGUUCCAUUCUAUGGUGGAUUGGACAUUUUGAGAUGGCAUUUCAAGAAUGUUUCCAAUGAUGUUAAAGAUUCUCUGGGGUUGGAGUUGAUGAAGUGGCUUGAGAAACAGAGACCUUGGGGUAGGAAUUCAGGGAAGGAUCAUGUGUUUGUAUUGGGAAAAAUCUCUUGGGAUUUCAGGAGAAAGGAAAAUUCUUGGGGUACAAGAUUCUUAGAGCUAGAGCAAAUGCAAAACCCAACUAAGCUCUUGAUUGAAAGACAGCCAUGGCAUGUAAAUGACAUUGGAAUCCCACACCCAACUUACUUCCACCCUCACUCUGAUCAAGACAUCAUCUCUUGGCAGACCAAGAUCAUCAGCUCAUACCGAAAACACCUAGUGAGUUUUGCAGGCGCAGCUCGGCCUGAUGCACCAGAGAACAUAAGGUCCAUUCUCAUCAAUCAGUGCACAUCAGUAGAUGAUCAAGACUGUCAAUUUCUUGACUGCAAUUCAGGUGGCUGCAGCCAACCCGAGUCUGUUAUCGAGCUUUUCAUGGAGUCUGAAUUCUGUUUACAGCCACCAGGAGAUAGCCCAACUAGAAAAUCUGUGUUUGAUUCUCUUGUAUCAGGCUGCAUACCAGUGCUGUUUGACUCAUUCACAGCUUUUUAUCAAUAUCCAUGGCAUUUGCCAGAAGAUCAUGCAAAAUACUCUGUUUUUAUUGACCAAAAAGUGGUGAGACAAAUGGAGGUUAAUGUGGUCGAAGUGUUGAUGAAGAUAUCUAAGAAAGAAAGGGAUGAUAUGAGAAGGUUCAUUGUUUAUGAACUUUUGCCUGGUCUGGUUUAUGGUGAUACAGAUUCUCAGUUUGAAAAGUUUCAAGAUUCUUUUUCUAUUACCAUGAGUAAUCUACUUGAGAAGGUCAGCACAUUGAAACAAAGCUGAUCAAAACUGUUCCUUUGUUUAUUGACUUAUUUAUUUAUUUUUUGUUUCUUGUAGUUCAAUAUACAGAGUUGAGGAACACAAUCAUAUAUUAUUUAGUUUGAUUUUUUGCUUAUA